AUGAAGCUCCCACCCGCAGCCUGGACACCCAGGAGAGCAGCACCCCGUCCAGCUCAAUGGAGAAGCUCAAGUAUUCGCCAUAAUCAUACCGCUUUGACGCAACGAAUAUCCGACUUCUGGAUCCCUACAGUGAACGUGCAAAAACACGAUGCGGCUCCAGAUGCUACUCAGCUGCUCAUCCGAGCUGGCUAUUUGCGGCAGGCGUAUGCGGGGAUAUUCCAGAUGCUGCCACUAGGGCUACGGGUCCAGGAAAAGCUAGAGCGACUCAUCGACAAGCACAUGAGAUCGGUCAGAGCUUCCAAGGUCUCACUCUCAUCCUUAUCCUCGCAAGCUCUGUGGGAGAAGUCAGGACGCCUGAAGCGUGGAGGCGAGAUGUUUAUGUUCAGAGACAGGAGGGAUACGGAGUGGCUGUUGGCACCAACCCAUGAAGAAGAGAUCACCACCUUGCUCGCCGAUAUCAUCCAGACGCGCCAGCAGCUCCCGGUCCGACUGUACCAGAUUGGCCGAAAAUACCGUGAUGAGAAGCGACCUCGUGGCGGCCUCCUUCGCGGCCGAGAAUUUCUCAUGAAAGACCUCUACACUUUCGAUGCCACCCCGGCUCACGCCCAUGUCACGUACGACGAAAUAAGGCGCGCAUAUCGUAACUUCCUGAACGAGCUCAAGAUCCACUACGUAGAGGCGAGAGCAGUUUCGGGGGAUAUGGGAGGGAACCUCAGCCACGAGUAUCAUUUCCCCAACUUCGCCGGAGAGGAUAUCGUCAUCACUUGCUCGGAUUGUGACUAUGCACGCAAUGAAGAAUUUGUUUCCCAACCGGUAUAUCCACCUCGACCGCUUCAGAUACCCGAAUUCAGCGCCACAGAGGGCAAAUCUAGCCAAAAAUACCUCGAAGAACACUUCCUGAGCACAGAUCGUCGGAGCCUGGUUCGUGCCAUCGUGCCAUUUCUCUCCGACGACAUCUCCGAAGACAAAUCUGCAGCACGAUCCAUCAAUGCACAUGCCGUUAAGGCAGCGCUGGACGGUGUUUUGAAUAUAGAUACAGGGCUAGAGCGUCCCACGGAGAGUUUCAAGGAAUCUCUAGCUAGUGCCGCAACGGAUGCCGCAGCGAAGAAACCAUCGAUAUAUUAUCUCCUAGACUCGCGAGUCCGUCUGGACGAGAUUGGCCACAUUAUUGCUUCUCCUCCCAUGCAUCGGGAGAUCGAUGCCUAUGUUAUCGAGGCUCCCCCGAACGACGAAAAUGGCCGAAUCAACCUGUUGAGCCAGGAAUCCGGAGACCCUUGCCCUGAGUGCGAAAAGGGCAAGUUGAAAGUGGACAAGGCCAUCGAAAUCGGCCACACUUUCCACCUCGGAACCCGGUACAGUGCAAAACUCGGGCUCUCUUCUAAGCAGAAUGAUGGGAAAGAAGCGGUGCCGGUGGAGAUGGGCUGUCACGGCAUCGGCGUAUCCCGUCUGAUCGCAGCCGUGGCGUCUUGUCUCUCUGACGAGGUGGGUCUCAAUUGGCCCAAGGUUAUUGCGCCUUUCGAAGCGGUCGUCGUUGUUCAGCCAUCACAUGCGGAGAGAUUACGGGCUGCCGAGCAGCUUUGCAAUCAGUUAUCGUCUUCCCCACUUGGCACUGUCGAUGUCGUCCUCGACGACAGACAAGAGCAAGGGAUGGGUUGGAAGUUGAAGGAUGCAGAUGUUAUUGGAUACCCCGUCAUCGUGGUUGUGGGCAAAGGGUUCGACCAAGGGAAGGUCGAGGUCCAAUGUCGACGCCUGAAGGUCAAACAGGAGGUCAGCGUCGACGAUGCCGUCAGCUUCGUGCAUGAUCUUUUGAAGCAGAUUUGA